GAAGUGGCAGCCCCAGGUGCAGAUACAAUGUGGGCCUGCUGUGUCUGCCUUCACAAACAGGGGAAAGUACCAUGGACUUCUUGGUUAUACAGAUACCGAGGGCACGGCAGAACGCAGUCGACGUUAAAACAUCCUCAUCACAUGUACACUCUGACAUCAGGAAGCGCACACAGCUUAGCUUUGGUGCACAGCAGAGGAAACUCAGGACCUGCGCAGUCGUCAUUUCUUAUCAUUUGCCUUCUUGCGCUCCCCAGGCUCAGACUGCUCUGAACACUGCUGUCGACUGACGAUGCCACAGCCCAACCAGCAUUCCCUGGUCUACAUCCUCCUGUUGUGGACCACCAUCAUUUCCAUAUUCCAGGUUGUGUUCACCAUCCUCUUCUUCACAGCUGGACGUAAUGGCCUGUCUCAGAACAGUAGCGCUGUGGAACAAGAGCACAUAAUGAAAUCCCAGCAACAUAGUACACUUUCGCCCCCUUCCAAGGAUAGGCUGCACUUACCGAGAGGCAAAAUGCUCACCUUUACAGCUAAAGGAGCCAAAAUUCCAAUUGUAUGGGGCUCAAAAAAUCCAAAUCCAGGCGUGGUCUCGGCAACAGGAAGCAGACUGAGUAUAAAGGAAGAUGGAUACUUUCUUCUAAAUCUUAAGGUGACACUGAUUCCAUGUCAAGAAACACAGGAGUCUGACAAUUUGGACCACACUGUGAGUCUGAAGUGGACUAACAAAGUUAUUCUGGAAGGUUGGAUCAACACAAAAACAAACAGCACCGGCGUACUCAGCAAGAUAGAGGAGAUGCCCGCAGGAGGGACACUGAUGGUCAACAUCAGUCCAGCGGACAAGUGUAUUAACACCACUGAAUCUGCAACCCACCUCGAUAUCAUCUACAUGGCCAGGCCUUAGAUGCAGUCCUGGUGACACAUGCCUGCAUUCUGAAUCCUUGGCAUGUUCCAGUGUGCAUGUCCAACUCUGGAACCUUCUCUGUAACCAACCUGUGUACUUAUUGUUCUCUUGAGACUGAACUGCUUUUGCCUUCUGAUCACCAGAUCAGCAAACCACACAAGUGUCUUACUGCAGUCAGAGAAGUGUGACGUCACAGAGAAUGAAUGUAACAGAACAGCUAGAUUUAACAUAAAAGAGUGUUUUUUUCUCACAGGCGAGGUAAAAACCUCGCCCCUUAUAUUUACUAAAAAAAAAGAAAAAUCCUCCUAAAAACAAGAUUUACAAUUAUUAACUGUAUAUACAGUCGUCCUCAAAUGUAUUCAAACCCUUCCAUUAUAGAAAAGGCAAAAUUCACAAUAGUCACUC